UUACGUUACUCGGUGAUCAACACUGUUUGCCCGUUUGUUAUUCCACCGUUAUGCAUGGAACUUAAAUCAUGGACAAAUGACAUGUUUGUAUCGUGAAAGUGAUGAUUAAGAAUGAUAUCUUAAAACCAGACAAAUAUAAACAAAUAACCAUACCAUUUGUAGUUGAACUACGCAGUUGUGUGCUAAGUAAGUCAUAUACAGUGUUUGAUACAGAUGAAAAAACAAUAUAAAAAUGAAAACCAAAAAGAAAAGUCGAGAGGAGAGCAAUUCGAGUAAGAGCGGAAAAGAUGCAAAAUGCAAAGUAGACCGGUUCGUUUGCCACAGUCACGUUGGUAAACCACCGUUACCGAAACAGGAUCUACCCCCGGUAUGUUUCACGCCAACGGGAGUUUUUCACCUCGGUAUGUGCGCCAUUAGUGGCGCUGCUGCGGGUGCCACCUCUGGCUGUGGUCCAGAAACAGGAGCUGAUGCCGCCUCUGGAACCGGCGCCGUUUCCGCCGCAUUCCUUCUACGCCAUCUGGACCUUUGUUCCUUCACCGGGGCCGGAUCAACUGCCGCCCGCAUUCCCCGCCCCUCUCUCCGUCUGUUUCGCUACGGCUUGCCCAACCCGUCUUCGCACGCUACGACCUCUACCAGACAUGGUAGAUUUACGUGUUAUGGAUGUGUAAACACAAGUUUCUCAUUCAAAGCUAUUUCGCAAAAAGAACGAGAUAGGUGGAGCACAAGCAUAUAUACCGUAUUAGUGACGUCAGACAGUCACUACUGAAAUCGAUUUCACGCAUGGUUUAUUGUCGUCUGCUUGUAUCUUAUGAUUUAUACGAGAUUUAAACCUUUUAUUUACUGUAGACAUGUAUUCGCUACUUCAAAUAAAAGAAAUUAAUUUUUAAAGAAAUUAAUGUUUAUUAUAAUAAUAGGUUUUCAUGCAUAAAGUUUUGGUAAUGCAAACUUUAAACAAGUAUUCUCCAUUGCUGUAAUAUAUUGUCUUUCAUAUUCAUAUAAUGAUUAUUUAUCUAAAUUAUAUUAUCUGUUGAAUCUUAUGUUGGAACCUAUGAAACAAAAUUGUUAUAAAAAACACUAAAAUUCCAAUACUAGAUUUUGUAAGCAAAUGCAAUAUAUAUUCUGUUUUUCUUUAGAAUAAGCCUCUAUUCGUUCAUUUAACGUCUUAAUUAUGUCGUUUUGUAGAAUAUUUACCCAUGAAGGCAUAAUUCAAAUUGCUUUUGUUGUUUCGUUACUCACAAUCUUGAUGAUAAUUCAAUUCUACUAUCAUGUGCACUUUUCGAACACUGUCAACGAAACGAGCAUGUGUACAUCAAGAUGAAAAGCUAGUUUAAAGAAACGUAUUGAUUGUGUUUCCCAUCGAUUUGUGGUUUCUACUUUUGCUUAAUACAUACACAUUACCUAAUGCAUACAGCUUUCAGAUAACGUGUUUUAGUCAUGCAUUUCAUUUAACAACACAUACCACUAUUUAUCCACUGUUAAAUGGUCGUAAGAUUGUAAUAUGUGUACAUGGUAAUAAUUAAAAUUAAGCAUACUAGUUCCGAUAAAUGACAGUCCUUUGUGUAUAAUGGUUAAAAAAGGGAUUAAUGCACACUUUUGCAAAAUGGCAAUUAAAGAAUACAUAAGAAGAGAUUCAAAAUAAUAAAUGAAUCAUACUCAAGCAAUUUAAAUACCAAAAUUCGUUAAGAUACAAUUCGCUGUUAAUAUAAUAAGCAUGUAAUGCCCUGUCACAAAACACCUAAGAAAAAACAUGAUCUUUUUCGUGUUUUCAUCUAGUUCAAAAUACCAUAUUGGUUAAGGUUGUCAACAUGUAAUUAGGAUGCCCGGUGUGUUACCUUACAAAUAGCUUUUAAAUUGGCGUUUCAUGACAUACAGAUGUUGUUAAUGAUAAUUCAUACUCGCUUUCUAAAUGCACAAGUGAUGUAAGCCGACGUCAAAUACACCUAAAACCACCCCGUUUCAGGCAAUUAAACUCGUGUUUAAGUCAAUAAUAUUGCCAUCCGUCACCCAAUGUGUAUGUGUCAAUUUUGGUAUAUAUUACUACCUGAAUUGUAUGAACAUACAGUUGAGAAUCUAACAUGGUACCUCACUGAUCAUUUGUGGUUUAUUUCAUAUAGAACCAGCAAUGAGUUCCUGUCCUAGAAGUGUCUUUGGUAAAUAUGAAUUUGGGUGAGCCUUGUUUUGACAAAUUAAUAAAGAACUAAGAAUUAUUCGACAUUAAUAAAGGUAACAAUUUUUAGUUUAUUUCAUAUUUGAAUUUCAGUGAACCAAUUCUGCCAUAUUUAAGUCUUUUGAGUUCAACAUGAAUGGUAACUAUGUAUCAUUAUAUUUGCAUUAUGUCGGCAUUUUAACUUGGUAUAAAACUACGAAAGCAAAUUAAAAUUUACCUCUGCAAGGUAAUUGAUGUUAUACCAUUCAUAAUAACAUGUAAUUUAAUCGCUUACAAUACAUCCAGCCGAGCGUUACAUUAUUCGAAAAGAAUUUUUUAUAACUGUAUUGCGAAUACUAAUACACACUAAUAUGGGAUUUUGACAAGGUUUUGAAGGUAUUG